CGUCAAUAAAAUUGAAAGAUGAUUUCUGAAACUCGUAAUUUUGAGAAGUAACUUGUGUAUUUUUCACCGAAAGAGCUGUUAUCAUCCGAAACAGCAAGUAUGUUUCCAAUAAUGAGACAAUUUCAAAUGUCUUCUUUGUCACUCCGCCAGCUUAUCUAUCGUAGAGUUGCAAGAAAUACACUGAAUCAGGCACAUUUAUCAAAAGCAUCAGUCCAGCAAGGAACAAGUGCUGUCAACUCCAUCUUGCCGAGGGCCUUAGGGAAACCAAAGACUGCAACAAUCCCAUCACAUCUCACCAAAUCAUCAGCAGAUAAAUAUAUAAUUUGUGUCAGAAAUUCAAGUGGAGGCAAUGAGAAGGCGGUGUUAAGUGACCUUGAAUAUGAGAAGAUAGCUGAUCAGACAUUGGAUCAUCUUUCAGAAUUCUUUGAAAUUCUUGGAGAUUCUGAGAAUUGCCCAUCAGAAUUUGAUGUCAUGUACAGUUCUGGUGUAUUGACGGUUGCCUUCGGUCAGGAGCAUGGCACUUACGUAAUCAACAAACAAACUCCCAACAAACAAAUUUGGCUUUCAUCACCAACAAGCGGACCGAAGAGGUAUGACUAUGUCAACAAAAGAUGGGUCUAUGUUCAUGAUGGCAUGGCCAUUCACGACCUUCUCUCACAAGAGAUUUCCAAGAUCCUUGAUUCUCCUGUAGACGUCUCAGAAGCUGAGCAGUGGGACACGUGACAUUAAUCGAGACGAGAUGAGAUUGUAAUUGUUGAGAUUUCUGAGAGUUUUAAUAAUUCAAUAUGAAAGGAUAUAUUCAGAAUCUUGUAGAUUUCAUAUUGAUUGAAGCAAGAAUUGAAUCAAUCGAGAUAAGCUUUACUCUGAAUUCUUGAGAUUCUGCAGUUUAUACAACAUGAACAAGCAAUUUUCUAGAUUAUAUAUCAAUGCAAGAGGUUUGACAUGCUACAGAAUGAGAUAAGCUUACUUUGAACUCUUGGGAUUCUUGAUGGUUAAUUCUCUGUGAAAUGCUAAGCAGAAUGUUUUAGAUUCCAUAUUGAUUGAAGCAAGAAUUGUGGCAUCGAUCAAGAUAAGCUUUGCUUUGAAUUCUCGAGAUUCAACAGUUUAUACGACAUGAACGAGCAUUCUUAGAUUUCAUAUAAAAGAUGAAAUCCCCAGCAGAAUCUAGUAGAUUUCAUAUUGAUGGAAGCAAGAAAUGCGACAUCGAACAAGAUGAGAUGAGACUACUUUGAAUUCUUGAGAGUUAAUUUUUGUGUGAAAGGCUAAGCAGAAUCUUGUAGAUUUCAUAAUGAUGAAGUAAGUAUUGUCAUAUUGAUAUGAUCACAGUGGGCUGCAUUGCUUUAUGAUUUGUUAAAGAUUGGUUCUAUGUAUUGUGGAAAAUUUCAUGUAGCAAUAUGUCAGGGAUUUUCACAGUUAUUAUAAGCUACUGAAAUCAUUGCUUCUGAUUUGCUGAGAGAGACUUUGUUGAUGAAACUAAAUUACAAAUUGCCUCAUGAAAAACAAUCCAGUUGAAAUGCUUACUAUGGCCAAGAAUAUCUGGAAAAAAAAAUUCUGGCUACAUGCCAAUCACUCUGACAGUAUUAUUGACAAAGGGUUUUUUUGUAUUUUUUAUCCAGCAUUGUAGACUAACUUUUUAAUACCCCAUCCUAGGACGGGACAUAUUAUGGUAUCACGCUCGGUGUCCGUCCGUCUGUCCAUUCGUCCGUUAACGUUUCCCUGUAAACGUGAUAACUUCA